CUGUGUGGGAAGAUGACUCAGGGCGAAGCGACAUUACAAGACUACAAAUAUUUAGUGCACGCGAGCACCCACGCUCCCCGUCCAGGGCACGCGCUCCAUCGCCACCCUCUCGCACAGCGGGCAUCAAAGCCUUUACGUUUACGUCAAGCCAGACAGGAAGAAGAAAGGCAAGAUUAAAGCGACAGCCGGGUCCCCUGCUCUAAUCUCUUCAUAUAAAGAUGCGCGCCCAGAACACUGUCUGUGGAGGCGCUCGCUCUGUUUCACCGACGUCGUUGUGAGCACUGAAGCGGAGCAGAUCAAAUGGCAAACAUCAGAUCUCCUCGACUACAUCUUAUACACUGUGUUUGAGAAUAUUCAAGGUGAAAUGAAGCGGGGACACGGACAGCCUCUGCUCGCCUUGUGGGCAUUGUUUCUACACUGCACAUCACAGCAGACAGCAUCUUCAUCCUCCUCCUCACAGGUGAGCACCAGGGUUCAUAUGGAGACACCCCCGAGCAAGACUCCGCAAAUUGAAAACAGCUUUAGGAAUGACAGCCAGAUCCUCAGAAGGCCAGCUGCAGGACCAGAAGAGCCAUUAGACCACAUGCUUUUUAACACCAGCAGAGCUACUGUGAUGCCUGAGCGGUCACCAAGGUCUCAGAGCAGGAGAUCAGAGGAUGGGGUCUCGCCUCUAUGCGCCUAUCGUGUGAUUGAAGGGGGUGUUGGUGGGCAAGUCUGCUUUCGACACACACUGCCAGAGUAUAAGUGCCAGAAAGGACAAUGCAGGACAGCGGUGUCCUCUGGAAAUUUAGUGGCAAAUAUUCUCAUAAAUGGCAGUGUACUGUUACAGUGGACACAGGUAGGACAGUCCACAUUGAAUAAAGGCAAUAAGACAAAUGGUCAGAACAUAAGCAAAGAUCAUGGGACAAAUGUAAUAACUUCUCCCAGCGUUGUGAGUGGGAGGCGUCACAGAAGAGGGGGCUUUGAACUGAGUUGUUGGUGGAAUGGGAGUUACACUCAGUUUGAAUGCACUGGGGUGCAGCUGGCUCACGGCUGCAGAGACUACCUGUUGACGGAGCUACACGAGAACAUCCCCUAUCGCUUCUGCCUGCACUCCCUGGACAGGCCCAGGGCCCAGGUGCGGGACUGUGUUGAGUUCACCCUGCCCCCGUCCGGGAUGCAGGAUAUAGUCAUAGCUAUGACAACUGUGGGAGGGGCCAUUUGUGUAAUGCUGGUUAUCAUUUGUUUACUGGUUGCAUAUAUAACAGAAAACAUUAUGAGCCCAACCACAACACACACAUAUUCAUAUCGCAGCCAUUCGUGCCACUGAGUACUAUGGGGUAACAUGCAAAAAAAAAUGCUUACCACAUAUGGGAAUGGUCAUCUCUCCUAAACCUCCUGAACAUGCUUCAUGCCUCGAUACUCAUACUAAUGUCAACACCAUGUGAAUUAACUGAAGCACAAUACGGGGGCUUUUUUUCUUACUAAUUGCCUUGCUAACCUCUGCACUGACUGAACCAAAACUUAACAUCCUUCAUAUUGUAUAAGAGCUGUUCUGUGUUCAUGUGGACAGGAUCUCUGUGAUUUUAAAUCUGUCAGUGUUAUUGCUGGCAGAGGUUUACAGCAAUACAAUGAAAUGGCUUUGGACCAAGGCAAUGUAUCUUCUGCCUUGGUUUUGUUACUGGUCCUGCUUAUGCCCAUGACCAGGGUUGUUAGGGUUAGAUACAUAUUCAUAAAAAUAUACAGUAUUACGAAAUGGAAUUAAUAAAUAAAUUUGUAAUUUAUAAACAAUUCUAGACAAGUCAAAAGUGCACUUGUGAACUUAGAAUAAGAAGAAAUAGACUAGACUGAAAUAAUAAUAGAAAUAAUAGACUAGACUAGCCUACUAAAUGUUUUUUUUCCUACCUGUAUACCUCUGUAAGGGGCAAUACCACUUUCUGCAGUGUAGGCUACAAUCAAUGCUGUGCCAAUAACUGACUUUUUGAAUGAUUCAAUAAACUU